AUGAGCCAGCAAUCCCAGCCUGGCUUUCGCGCCUAUGGAGGGGACUCGUCCAAGCUCGCCAAUGACGCGCCCCAGAUCUACAGCGCCGUCUACUCCGGCGUCGACGUUUACGAAAUGGAAGUGAGGGGUAUCGCCGUUAUGCGCAGGCGGCAGGACAGCUGGCUCAAUGCGACCCAGAUCCUCAAGGUGGCCGGCGUCGAGAAGGCAAAGCGCACAAAGAUACUCGAAAAGGAGAUCCAGACCGGCGAGCACGAAAAGGUCCAAGGAGGCUACGGCAAAUAUCAGGGCACCUGGAUCAAGUUCGACCGCGGCGUCGAGGUCUGCCGCCAGUACGGCGUCGAGGAGAUGUUGCGCCCGCUGCUGACGUACGACAUGGGCCAGGACGGCGGAGUCGCCGGCCGCGGCGACUUCAACACCCCCACCAAGGAGCAGGCCAUGGCCGCCCAGCGGAAGCGCCUCUACAACGCCGGGAACGAGGCGAGGACCAACGGCGCCGCCGGGCUCAACGGCACCUUUUUCAAAAAUAUCUCGGCCACCGCCUCCCAUGCCGUCGCCGCCAUCAGCAAGGCCCGCUUUGACUCCCCCGGCCCCCGGAGUCGCAACGGCCCGACAAAGGCCCCCAGCUUCAGCCGCCAAAGCUCCAUGCAGAACGGCGACGACUUCCCCGGCAACUCCCAGCAGAGCUUCGCCUCGGACUAUGGGAACCAGAACGACUCGGCCUACUCGACGCAGCAGACGAGCCAGCAGUUCGCCGACGGCCCCGAGCAUCCGCGCAAGCGCCAGCGCGUGACCAUGACGCCGCAGGACAGUUUUGCUGGAUACACCAACUCGGUCGACAUGUACCAGAACAACUACCCCCCCGGCUCGCCCACGGAACCCAACGAGUCCUUCAUCUACUCCCAGGCGAACCCCCCCGCACACGACGGCUACAGCCCCCUGACCCCGCUGCCCUUCGAGAUGUCCCCCGACGCCGAGUCCAAGCGGAGCAUGCUGAUGAGCCUUUUCAUGGACUCGGCCACUUCAGAUCAGUCCAAGCACGAGAUGCUGCGGACCCUGGCCCCCAUAGAACUCGACAUGCCCAUCGACCAGCAAAGCCACACUGCCCUUCACUGGGCUGCCACACUAUCGCGCAUGCCUCUGCUGCGUGCUCUGAUCGCGGCGGGCGCGAGCCCGUUCCGGGUCAACGCCUCCGGGGAGACGGCUCUGGUCAGGGCGUGCGUCGUGACGAAUUCCAUGGACCAGGGGCAGUUCCCCGAGCUCCUCGACGUCCUGGGCGGCACCAUAGAGAUUCGCGACAGCAAGGGACGGACAGUACUGCAUCACAUCGCCAUGACCAGCGCUGUCAAAGGCAGGAACGCAGCUAGUCGGUAUUACCUCGAGAGCCUCCUGGAAUGGGUGGUACGGCAGGGCAGCAACCCCAGCGGCCAAUCGGCCCUCGCCAACGCCGCUGCCGCCAAUGGAAAGGGGGACAAUGGCAAGGGGGACAACACGCCGGUUAGCUCGCAGGCCGCCCAGACUCAGUCACAGCAGCCGAGGAUGGGCAUCGCGCGCUUCAUGACGGAGAUUGUCAACGCGCAGGACCAUGCCGGCGACACGGCUCUGAACAUUGCUGCGCGGAUAGGCAACCGGAGCAUCAUUUCACAGCUGUUGGAGGUCGGCGCCGAUCCCAACAUCGCCAACCGUGCCGGUCUCCGGCCCGUGGACUUUGGCAUCGGCGGCGAUGCCUCAGAAGAGGGCUCCAAGGCCCCCAACGGCGCCAGCCCCGCCGAGGCGAACGGAGACGUCGAGAAGAACGGUGUCGUCAGCAGCGAGCGGGCGAAGGAGAGCAGCGAUGACAUAAUCUCAUCCAUCACGCAUCUUCUCAACGAAGCAAGCUCUACAUUCCAAGGCGAAGUCAAGACAAAACAGGCCGUCAUCGAGUCCCUCCAUUCGACGCUGCGCAUCACCUCGGCGCAGCUCAGCGAGGCCCGGCGGAACCUCGAGGCGAUGCAGGCGACACUGAGAAAACAGCAGCUGGCGCGGCAAAAGGUGUCGAACCUCAGCCAUGCGCGUGAGGAGGAGCAGGUGCGGCUCACGCAGGAGCAGAAGCGCGCCGGGCGGACCGACUCCCUCUCGUCGUCGUGGGAGACGGAGCUCAGCGCGGCGCUCGAGACGGCGGGCACCAACGGCGAGGGCGGGCUGCUGCCCUCGGCGACGGUCCUCAAGGCGCGGCUCGCCGCCGUGUCGGCGCGGCGGGACGUCACACGUAAGAUGGCGGGCGCCCUCAAGGGGCGGAGCAAGGACCUCGAGGUCAAGUACCGCCGCGUGGUGUCCAUGUGCACGGGCGAGCCCGAGGACCAGGUCGACGCCGUCGUCGACGGCCUGCUGCGGGCCGUUGAGAGCGAAAAGGGCGAGCUCGAGGUGGAGCGCGUGAGGCGGUUCCUCGGCGGCGUCGAGGGCGUCGUACACUGA